AUGGCGGACGGUUUUGAACCAUACCAUGUCCCACAACAAAGCAGAAGAGAGAAGCUUAGAGUGGUCGUCCAAAAUCACCCGGGUUGCGUAGAAACCCUUCAAGGUUGCACAGGUUUAGUCCCUCUUUACGAUCCAUCACUUUUCCCCUCGGAUUGGACAAACGGUGCCAACCUUCACCACCAAAAUAAUCCACUUGGCGAGACUUGUAAGUCAGGCCAAAACCCAACCCAAUCUGGUGGAGGUGUUAAAGAAGAAGGUGUGAAUUUUAUGGGUUAUUUUGGAGGGAUGAUCAGUUCUUCUUCGUCAUCUUCCACUUCACACCACUUGUAUAUGGAUCCACAGUCGUCUAUACAGCUAAACCCUAGCUCUAUUCAGGAUAUUAACGGCAACCCUUUUUUUUACAGCCCCCAAAACUUCAGAGUUCUUGAUCAGUCCUUUCAUGGCGGUGAAGUGGCGGUGUACAGACCAGAACAAUUGUCUCUAGCCCAUGAGGCUAAUAGAACCGGUCAAGGGUUGUCUUUGUCUUUAUCUUCUCAUCACACCCAACAAAGCAAUCUUCCUCUGGAACUGAAUCUACAAAGAUAUGACUCCUCAACGUUUCAUGAUAAGGUCACUGGUGGGUAUGUUGUUCCAGGCAUUGUUGGUGGUGGUAGUGGUUCAUCGUCCAAUAAUUUAUCAAGGAGUUCGGUUCCUCUCGGCCCUUUUACUGGUUAUGCUUUAAUUUUGAAGGGAUCGAAGUUCUUGAAGCCUGCACAGCAUUUGUUGGAAGAAUUUUGUGACUUGGGUCGGGGAAUUUACGCUGAGAAAAUCACUGCGGAUUCAGCCUUGUUGGAUCCUCCAUUGGAGAGUUGGAGUGGAAGUGGAAUUGUGGAUGAUCAGCUCAGUUCCGGCGACGGAGGAGAGCACCAGAGGAAGAAGUCGAGGCUAAUUUCGAUGCUUGAUGAGGUUUUUAGGAGGUACAAGCAGUACUAUGAACAGAUGCAGGCAGUUGUAGCAUCAUUUGAAGCUGUUGCGGGGCUCAGCAAUGCAGCUCCAUUCGCAAACUUGGCCUUCAAAACUUUGUCCAAACACUUCCGGUGUUUGAAGAAUGCGAUCACUGACCAGCUGCAGUUCACAACCAAAUCUCGUCAUAUAAAUUAUGGGAAGGAUGAAACUCCAAGAUUUGGGAACCCUGAUGGAGGAUUUUAUGGGCAAAGACAAGUUCACAACUCGGGAUUUAUGCAACAUCAACCUGUUUGGCGACCCCAAAGAGGACUUCCUGAGCGUGCUGUAAGUGUGCUCAGGGCAUGGUUGUUUGAACACUUUCUGCACCCAUAUCCUACUGACACGGACAAGCUAAUGUUGGCUAAGCAGACAGGUCUCACACGGAAUCAGGUAUCUAACUGGUUCAUUAAUGCAAGAGUCAGACUUUGGAAGCCUAUGGUGGAAGAAAUACAUAACCUAGAGACACGGCAAGCCCAAAAAUCUUCACAAAGGGAGGAACAAAAUACCAAUAGGCCAAGUGAUCAUUUCCCUGUAACCAACCCUCUUGCAUCUGAAAACCCUUCUGCAUCAUCCCAACGAAUUCUAGAUUUCACGUCUACACGGACUAGAAAUAGGUUUCCUGAUAUUGCCUUGGGGAGUGAGGAGCCAAUGAAUUUGUCAUACGAGAAUUUGUCACGCCGUCCUCAUGUUGGAGUUGGUAUGAGCACAGCUGGUGGAAGUGGUGGUGUUUCCUUAACUUUGGGCCUCCACCAGAAUAAUGGAGUCACAUUGUCAGAGCCCUUUCCAUUGAAUGCAGCUCGUCGUUUUGGUGUAGAUGCAAAUGGUGAAACAUAUGUAAUUGGUGGUUUCGAAGCACAAAAUCGACAAUUUGGGAGGGAGAUCAUGGGUGGGCAACUUUUGCAAGAUUUUGUUGGCUAAAUUAUAUAUUUGCUGCCGUGAUAUUAAUCUCAUCUGAUUGAAUAAUAUACCAAAAAUGGUGUCCAAUUGGAUGUGCUCUUAUUAACUAGCUGAAUCCAAGCAGCAACG